UGUGAGGCGGUCGUGAUGGGUGUGAGCCCGCGCGGCGGCGGCGGGUAGCGGCAUGGGCGCGCCGGCGCACGCGGCCGCCGACGCCGAGUUCGCGGCGCUGGUGCGCGACUUCAGCGACUACUUCUACAGCAACGCCAGCUACAACGAGCCCAACGUCAGCGCCGCCAACUGCUCCUGGGCGUGGAACAGCUCGUGGUGCGGCGGCGCGCCCGAGGCGUCCGCGGGGCGGCCGUGGGCGCUGCUGCUGCUGGUGUUCCCCGCGCUGACGCUGUUUGGCAACGUGCUGGUGAUCGCGGCGGUGCGGCGCGAGCGCGCGCUGCGCAGCGCCACCAACUACUUCAUCGUGUCGCUGGCGCUCGCCGACCUGCUCGUGGCGGUCGUCGUGAUGCCUUUCGGCGUUUACUAUCUGGUAAACGGGUCGUGGGGCCUCCCCGCGUUCGUGUGCGACAUCUACAUCGCCAUGGACGUCACGUCCUCGACGUCCAGCAUAUUCAACCUCGUCGCCAUUUCUAUCGAUAGGUACAUAGCAGUAACGCAACCAAUAAAGUACGCAAAACACAAGAACAACCGUCGCGUCUGGUUCACGAUCGUGCUCGUGUGGCUGAUCUCGGCCGCCAUCGGUACGCCCGUGGUGCUGGGGCUCAACGACACGCCGGACCGGAACUACGGCGAGUGCCUCUUCAACAGCCAGAACUACGUCAUCUACUCCUCGCUCGGCUCCUUCUACAUCCCCUGCAUCAUGAUGAUGUUCUUGUAUUAUAGUAUUUUUAAGGCUUUAAGGAUAAGAGCUCGGAAGCAGCGAGCGGCGAAGAAGCCUCCCGUGCCGGAGGGCAGCCAAGCCGUCGUCAUUGAAAACGUGGCGCAGACAAGAAGGCUAGCAGAAACUGCCUUGGACGCAGCCACCAACACUGGCUCCGGUAGCAACGAGGAUGACCAUGACAGCUUCGACAAGCGUUCCGUGGAGCUGGAAGACGCGGAGGACUGUCAUGUCAUUCCUAACGACAAGUCCACGGAAUUUAUGCUCGCAGCUCGAGAGGAUCCGCCCAAGGUUCUGCUGAAGUCGAAGCUGAAAUCCGACCCGAACGGCAACAACGACAGCGGUUACGCGCCCUCAAGCGUCGAACCCGUCUCAUCCCCACCCAACUCUCCUGCUCCUAAAAAUAUGAGUUUAUGUUUCUUGUUGUUAAUGUAUUACAAAUUGAAUUAAUUUGUGUCUUCAUCACCCAGAAACGCAUCACUAUUAGCAAUUCGCUCCGAAGACGAACCGGACACAGUGAGUCAGUUCGGCGACUGCAAGAAGGAGCGAAAAGCCAGUGCUGCCACGGCGAGGUUCACCAUCUACAAGGCCAACAAGGCCAGCAAGAAGAAGAGGGAAAAGUCCUCAGCGAAGAAGGAGAGAAAGGCUACUAAGACCUUAGCCAUCGUUUUAGGAGUGUUCCUGUUCUGCUGGGCGCCCUUCUUCACCUGCUCAGUCCUUGACGCCGUCUGCUUCAAGCUGGGGCUCCCCUACAGCCCCGGCGUCACCGUCUUCAUGCUGACCACCUGGCUCGGCUACAUCAACUCCUUCCUCAACCCCGUCAUCUACACCAUCUUCAAUCCGGAGUUCAGGAAGGCCUUCCGCAAAAUUUUGCAUUGCGGCACCUAGCCCAUAGAUUAUUUGGUCGUCUUCACGCAGUAGGUCUCCAUGGUUUAAGAUGAAGCUUGAUUCGAAAUUUGUAGCAUCCGGGGGUCUAGC